UGCUACUUUUGUCACAAACCAGGUAGAAUCAAUCAAUCAAAUGCUUGUCUGAAUAUUUUUUCCAUGUGGGUUUCGUCAAUAAGGUUAGCUUCUUACAGAAAAUUUUUCAAGAACACUCAAUAUAUUCGAUUGAAAUCAGUUUCUUCAGUAGCUCAAUUAACUCCAUAUUUGUCGGAUUCUAGGUUUGAUGAACAAAUUGGAAAUACCCACAUGAAAAAUAAUGAGUUAACUAACAAUACUGUUGAGGUGAACUCGUAUUGGGUCACUGAAAUGCUUAAUAGUUUAAGGGAAGAGCCUAAUGAUGCUUUAUCAUUUUUUCGUCAGUUGAAAGAAAGUGGGUUUAAACAUGAUAUUCAGACUUAUAUGGCUAUGAUUAGGACAUUUUGUUAUUGGGGUAUGGAUAUGAAGUUGGAUUCUUUGUUUUUAGAGGUUAUAAAUUUGGGAAAGAAGGGGUUGGGGUUUGAAGUUUCUGACUUGUUUGAGGAAUUGGUGGAGGGGUUGAAUGCUGAGGGCCCCAAUUCGUUGGUUCGGGCUUUAGAUGGAUUGGUUAAGGCUUAUGCUAGUUUAAGGAUGUUUGAUGAAGCUAUUGAUGUUCUGUUCCAGACAAAAAGGUGUGGUUUUGGAUUGAGUGUGUUGUCAUGUAAUUAUCUCAUGAAUAGGCUUGUUGAGUGUGGGAAAGUAGAUAUGGCUGUGGCGGUUUAUAAACAGUUGAAGAGGAUUUCGGUGAGUCCAAAUGUGUAUACUUAUGGAAUUGUGAUCAAGGCAUUAUGUAGAAAAGGCAAUUUUGAAGAAGCAGUUGGUGUAUUUGAGGAGAUGGAGAAAGCCGGUGAAUCUCCUAAUGAGUUUACUUAUUCUACUUACAUUGAAGGGCUUUGCUCGUAUGGUAGAUCAGACUUGGGCUAUGAUGUAUUGCGGGCGUGGAAAGGAGUAAAUUUACCCCUUGAUGUCUAUGCCUACACUGCUGUAAUUCGUGGGUUUGUUAAUGAGAAGAAGCUGCACGAGGCAGAAAUGGUGCUGCUUGACAUGGAGGAGCAAGGAAUGGUCCCUGAUGCCGUUUCUUAUGGGGCUGUAAUUAAUGGAUACUGCACUACAGGGAACAUUUCUAAAGCUCUGGCUUUCCAUGACAAGAUGGAAACAAGGGGUAUCAAAAGUAAUUGUGUGAUUGUUAGCUUAAUUCUUCAGUGCUUGUGCAAAAAUGGCAAGGCAUGCGAUGCCGUUGAUCAGUUCAGUAGUUUUAAGAAGAAAGGUAUUUUUCUUGAUGAGGUGGCUUAUAAUGGUGUAAUUGAUGCUUUGUGCAAACUCGGUAGGUUUGAAGAGGCUGAGAAGUUGCUUGAUGAGAUGAAGGAUAAGAGGAUGACACCUGACAUCGUGCAUUACACUACUUUAAUAAAUGGCUAUUGCCUCCAUGGACAAAUUUUAGAUGCGAUGGGUUUAUUUGAUGAAAUGAAAGAAAAAGGCUUGAAACCUGACAUUAUUACUUAUAAUGUGCUUGCUGGUGGAUUUUCUAGAAAUGGCCUUGUUAAAGAGGCAAUUCACCUUUUGGACCAUAUGAAGGAACAAAAGUUGACACCAACAACUGUCACACAUAAUGUGAUUAUUGAGGGCUUAUGCAUUGGAGGUUAUGGGGAAGAGGCUGAAAUAUUUUUCAAUAGUUUGGAAAAUAAAUCCGCAGAAAAUUAUGCUGCCAUGGUGAAUGGGUAUUGUGAAUUAGGCAACACCAAAAAUGCUUUUGAGCUUUUUGUUAGACUGUCAAAACAAGGUGUUUUAAUUAAAAGGAAAUCUCGUUUGAAGCUUCUAAGUAGCCUUUGUCUUGAAGGAGAGUAUGGAAAAGCGUUAAAGCUGUUUGAGAUAGUGUUGUCAUUAGGUGAUGGCAUUUGCAAAAUAAUGUGCAGCAAACUAAUAGCUUCCUUAUGUAGUGCUGGAGAUAUGAAAAGGGCCAGGUGGGUGUUCGAUAAUCUGGUUUGGAGAGGAUUAACACCAGACGUGGUCAUUUAUACUAUGAUGUUAAAUGGUUAUUGCAGGGUGAAUCGCUUGCAGGAAGCCAUUUAUCUUUUUGAUGAUAUGAAGAAAAGGGGCAUUUCCCCUGAUGUUAUCACUUAUACAGUUAUGCUUGAUGGCCAUUCUAAGAAUUUAAAGAGAGAUCGAUUGUCAUCAGAUACAAGGAGGAAUGACAGAGUAAGAAGGGAUACAGGGUCAGUUUUUUGGAGUGAAAUGAAUGGGAUGGAAUUAACUGCUGAUGUCAUUUGUUACACUGUUUUGAUUGAUAGUCAUUGUAAAUCGGACAACAUUGAUGAUGCUAUUCACCUUUUCACUGAAAUGAUUGAUAGAGGUUUAGAACCUGAUAGUGUGGCGUACACAGCUCUAAUAUGUGGCUAUUGUAAGCAAGGACAUGUUGAGAUGGCUAAAGAACUUGUGAAUGAUAUGUGGAGAAAGGGAAUACAACCAGAUAGCCAUACCAUUGCAGCACUACAUCAUGGAAUCAUAAAAGCCAAAAAGUUGCACCUUAGGCAUAACAAUAACUCAGCCCAAAAUCGGAGACUGCAGGUUAUCUAGUGUAAUUUUGGCGAGGCCCAAAUUGUUGCAUGGAGAUGAUAAAUAUUCAUUUGAAUGUGAAGAGCACAUACUUUGGUAAUACUGGAAAGAGAAGAGUUGGUGCUCCUGAUGUAACUAGCAAGCAGUGCGGUCAUCAUGAGGCCUGAAAAUCAGGUAUGAGAAUUCAACAUACAUCUUUGCAGAUGAAUUCAGAUGGCCACAUGGCUCUGUCUCAUCUAUGUUUAGUGCUCCUCCGAAUAAUGAAUGCAGAUGUUUGAUACUGUUGAUGGAAAGCAAGAAAAACAGGCGUUCCUCUAUUCCACUUGAUCAUGAUGUCUUGGCUUUCACAAUUUGCUGGAUCUCAUGGGCUUGCAUUAGCAUUUGAAGCCUUGGCUUUUGGGAGUCACUGAUAUGUGUGGAUGAGUACCUUCUAGUUCUGGGUUAUAUCAACUGUUUCUUUUUACUACAUUACGUGGGAACAGUAUGUAACUCUUCAGUAUAUAUUUAUUCAGUAGGCAAUGGAACAUAUAAUUCUAAGAAUCCUCAAAGCAGAAAUGGAUUCUUGUUUUAUCUAACGAAGAGUCCAGAGAAGUUUUUGCUUUUAACUAACAUCGGGAGACAAGAUUAGGCGCUGGGCAGUGCAGUAUCUAUUCCAGAUACAGAGGCAUCAGGGGGUGCCCGGCCACCCAACCCAGCAGAGGCCCAAGUGUUGAAGUUCCAGAGCACGAGGGAAUGAACUCUCUCAUUCCCAGACAUCUCGUCUAUGUAUUGUGUCUCCCCCAAUUGCUAAGAAGAUAGGUGCACCGUGAUACGAUAAGGUCCCCCUGAAUGAAAAGCCAGGGGUAGAGCCUUGGAGCCGACCCAAGCAGAGAUCCAGAUCUAGGCAUUGAUGCAUGGAACGUUUACAUCUGCUGAUCUUUCAUGAAUGCUAGGGCUUAGUCAGUGAAUCUUACAGUUUCAGAAUGCAUUAAGGAUGGUAGAUUGAAUAGUUGGAUGAAAUGACACAGUAAAUUCUUAUAGUUUAAUGAUGUAAUUUUAACAUAUUUUUAUUAGUCU